AUGGAAGAUGGGGAAGAACUCGUGGAAGCCGUUGUCAGCAUUUUGAUCAUUUUUGGUCUGUUUGGAAAUGCCAACGUCGUUUUUGCGAUCGCACGAAAUAAGGAGUUGCGGACGAAAAGUGGUGGGUUCGAGUUCUGAGUAAAAUUUAGAGACGGCUUUCAGGAUGCCUCGUUUUUGUCUUGUCAGUGUCUCAUCUCGUCUGCAUAUUUUCGGAAAUGAUCGGCCUAACUCUGAGGUUGAGGUAAAAUACCAAAGUAGCGAAAACUUCGAAACGGCACGUUUCAGAUUCCGACCAAUGUCGCGAAGAAAGUGCUUCGAGUACAACGCCGCCUACGUCUUCUGUAUAAUGUUCCAGUCGGCUUUGUUCUUGGCCAUCACAGUAGACCUCGCUCUGAGUAUUCUUUGUCCGAUCAGGUAGAGAAAGAAGAUAAAACAGACUGAAACCCGGUUGCAGACAUCGGCUAUGGAACAAGUACCGGUACGUGGCGACUCUGUGCUUGCCUCCGUUCAUCUACGCCUCCGUCUGCUGUCUGGUCGGCUUCGUUUUCAUGAACGACGAGAUCACGCCGACCUGCAUCCCAGUCACAGGUAGGUUUCAACCUUAAAGAAGCACCUUGAUGUCUGAGUGCAGCUACUCUUCCCGAAAUAUACAUCUCGAUCUCUUCUGUGAACGUCUUCUGCAAUUUGGGCACAAUUUUUCUCACCGGCACUUCCAUCUACAUCUUCAUGCAUCGAGGUAGUUUACUAUCUCGCAUGCUGAGCAGGGUAACCCCGCCGUGCUAACACCGCGGGUGCCCCCGUAUUAAACCCGUAUAAGCCCAGCUGAUAGAACUUUUGGCACUUUUUAGCCCAACUGAGACCCCGCUUUAGCCCAGCUGGGUUAUCUAUUUUUCUUACACCCGUUGUUCCCCCGUUUUAGCCCAACUGAGACUAAAAUAACCUCAGAAACACGGGUUUAAUACGGGUACACCCGUUGAGACACCUGCUCAGCAUGCGAGAUGCUAUUAAUAGUUUAACUAUGGACGCUCGAGUUCAUAUGAAAUACAUUUCACGUUGAUAUUUAGAAAAAAAGAAUGCAAGAAUGCCCUAAGGCGACAAUGAAACGAAUAUUUAUUUGAACGGAAUCGAUAUGUUAAAUUUAGAGAGUCUACUGGAGAGUUAAAUUAGAUAAAAAAGCUUUUCCAAGGGAUUAUUGUUUGUAAAGAACACAGUUGAAUCUCCUUUGAGUAUUGAACUAAGGGAAUAGAGAUUAUAUAGAUUAUAGGUCGAAAUUGUUUUGAUGAAGAGAAAAUUGUUUUAGUUCAUGCCUCCUAACUUUAUUAAACUGUUUUCGCAGAAAGACCUCGCCAAAGCAGCCGACGGUCCUACUCUACAGCGAGCAACGACAGUCAUGAAAAGAACAAGGUUUUCUUUCCCCAGCAGUCAAAUUCAAAUGAAGAUCUGAAGAUAUUUCGCUCAACCUUCUACCUGAUGACGGUGUACAUCGCGUCGUGGGUUCUCGCCUGCUUCCUUUUCGAGUUUUUCAUUUCCUACUACGACGCUGAGGUCGCCGCUCGCGAAUAUCUGCCUUACUUGGUGAGUGGAAGAGAACUCUUCCUUAUUUCUUCAAACAUAAUCCAAUACCCUCGCCGAAGUUCCGAAAGAUCUUCAACCGGCGCAAUUGGGCUAAACCUCUUCAAAAAGCCUCCUCGAUGGAUCCCUUAAUCCUCCAUCAACAAGUUUCUUGUGAAGCUUUUGAACUUUCCCCUUUUCCAGAUUCUAAUCGCGAUGCCUACGUACUGUCAGACGUACUUUGUGACAUUCGCACGAUCGCCGCGAUAUCGUCGCGUCUAUCUGCGACAGCUGCGAUCGCUGACUCGCGGACGACACUUCCCGCCGCGACCCGACUGGAAACCGGCCGCCGCACUCUGA